AAGCCGGCUAUAAAUUAGUGGCCAGACUCGAUUUGGGACAUCAGUUGAGUUUCGCUUAGGGUCCAGGUAGCACCAUUACCACUGCCAUAAUCACCAUGAAGCUGUACGUUUGCGUGGCCUUUGUCGCCCUCAUGGCCCUCUCGGCCCCUGCCCCCUCGGAGGCCCUCUUGGGCGCCAAACUGGCCCUCCUCAAGGCCCUUGGCGGCGGCCUGGGCGGCGGCUCCGGUUCCGGUUCCGGUUCGGGUGGAUACGGCGGCUCCUCCUACGGCAGCGGCGGUUACUCCGGCGGCUACAACCAAGGAUACUACAGCCAGCCCAGCCGCCCGGUCUACAACUCCGGCUACGGCAGCUCCUCCUCCAGCUCGUCCUCCAGCUCCGCCUCGUCCUACGGCGGCGGCUAUGGAGGCGGUUACGGUGGCGGCUACGGAGGCGGCUAUGGAGGCGGCGAGCAGGUCAUCAAGGUCAUCAAGGUGGUCGAGCAGCCCUCCUACCGCUCCUCCGGUUAUGGCGGCGGCUAUGGCGGCAGCUACGGCGGUGGCUACUCCUCUUCCAGUGCCAGUGCCUCUUCCAGCGCCAGCUCCUCUGGAUACUCGGCUCCCGCAGUGUCCUACUCCGCUCCAGCUCCCGCUCCGGCUGUGACCUACUCGGCUCCUGCCCCGGCUGUGACUUACUCUGCUCCAGCUCCCGCUGUGACCUACUCCGCUCCAGCUCCCGCUGUGACUUACUCCGCUCCUGCUCCAGCUCCGGCUGUGACCUACUCCGCUCCAGCUCCCGCUGUGACCUACUCUGCUCCCGCUCCUGCCGUCACCUACUCGGCUCCUGCUCCAGCUCCUGCCGUGACCUACACCGCUCCUGCUCCGGCUCCAGUUUCCGUGGUCCGCUACAGCGCCCCCGCUCCUGCCCCCGCCCCAGUGGUGCGCUACACCGCUCCUGCUCCCGCUCCCGUGGUGCGCUACACCGCUCCUGCCCCCGCUCCAGUUGCCAUCCCCGCCCCCGCCCCCGCUCCCGUGGUCAUCUCCGCGCCUGCCCCCGCUCCCGUGGUGGCCCCCGCCCCCAUCAGCUACGCCCCCCAGAGCCAACAGAUCGUGAAGACCAUCAAGCUGAUCGUGGACGAGGACCACGCCCCGGCCCCAGUCUACGGACCCCCCGCCCCCGCCCCCGCCCCAGUGGCCACUGGAUACUCCAGCGCCUCGGCCAGCAGCUCGGCCAGCUCCAGCGGUGACUACAGCACCGGAUACAACGGCGGCUACAACGGCGGCUACAACGGAGGCUACAAUGGAGGUUACAACGGAGGCUACAGCCAGGGCUACAGUGGCGGAAACUCUGGACUGGGAUUCGGCGCCGGCUGGAAGCGCGGCGGCAUCUUUGAGAAGCUGGUGGGCUGCUAGGGAGAGCCGGAAGAUGGCCACCAGAAGCCACCAACGAGACCCCCUAACUCAAACUUAACCCUAAACGUACUCAACUAUUUUUUUUGUAGUUCUAAAGCGAGAAGUCGCCCUUUUUUUUGUUAUGAGAGAUAGCUACCUGUAUGAGAGAUAGAACCGAAACGAGCGAACAGCGAUUUGUAAAUAAAAUCACAAUUUAUAAACCA